CGGAAGGAAUGCGAGACAGUUCAUGUGUUUGCAGGUAUAGCGAGAGUUAAAUCUCGGGCUACUGUUCAGGGUGCACAGGUCGUUUUGCGGGGAGACGAAACGAAGCAGGAAAUGCCUUACGAAACACGUUAGUAACCGGGAAAUCCACCUGCUAAGUGCCUUAUCCUUAGUGCCUGGGUGUGUUCUCGGUGAGUAACUUCGACUUCGGAGUAUCGCUACGUAAGAGCAGCAGGUCCAGUCCGGACUCGGGAGGCGCGUUUCUGCAGGUGUUUCGGGAAUGGAGGGGACGUAAUUUUUUAAUACUACAGGUGUCGGUCCUUCACCAAAAGCGCUUCUGGAGAAACAAGAAUACGUACCGUAUGGGGGUUGUUUUUUUUUUUUUGUAUUCGCCUCCGCGGAUUUCGAGUGGUGAUUACAGGUUCAGUACUCCUCGAUAUUGAUGCCUAAGCGGUCCAUAAAGUUGCGGUCUCAUGAUGUCUGACACCAUAAAGGAAAAAUGCACUUUUUGUUGUCACUUUGUUUUCCCCUGCCUGUUCACAAGAACAGAGGGGGCAGAGGAGGACGAGACGAAAACAGACGCCGUAGUGAUCGAAAAUAAGAAUGCGCCCCUCAAAAGGUCCCUGCCACCGCUGCCGGAGCCGGACCCGAGGUGCUGCUAUGUGGCGCUGUAUGACUAUAGCGCUCGGACGCAGGAUGAUUUAACUUUCAGGACUGGGGACAAGCUCGAAGUUUUGGACAAAAGUCACGGUGACUGGUGGAUAGCGAGGGCACUAACCGGACCCUCGGUGAAUAAGGAGGGUUACAUUCCAGCUAAUUAUGUUGCGCCGGUGGAAAGCCUCGAUGCAGAGCCGUGGUUUUUUGCAGAUAUCAAGAGAGCAGAUGCGGACAAGAUGCUCCUGUCUCAAGGAAAUAAAAAUAGAGCUUUUCUUGUCAGAAACUGUGAAAGUCAUCAAGGAGACUACUCUCUUUCAGUUUUAGAUUCAUCUGUUGUAAAGCAUUACAAGAUCCGAAAACUUGAUGCAGGAGGUUACUUUGUAUCCAGAAAACAAGUAUUUAGUACUUUAAGGGAGCUUGUAGAGUACUACUCCAGAAAUCAAGGUGGUCUUUGUGUGUGCCUUGGGGAACCAUGCAUGAAGCUGGAAACUCCACAGACUCAUGGUUUGUCCUACAAUACAGCAGAUCAAUGGGAGAUUGACCGUACUUCUCUAAAAUUGCUAAAAAAACUAGGAGCUGGGCAGUUUGGAGAGGUUUAUGAAGGACGAUGGAAUGACACUACUCCGGUUGCCAUUAAAACUCUGAAGCCAGGUUCUAUGCACCCCCAGGACUUUCUUCGAGAGGCACAAAUAAUGAAGAAGCUGAGACACCCCAAGCUUAUCCAGCUGUAUGCUGUUUGCACUGUGAAGGAGCCAAUUUAUAUUAUUACAGAACUGAUGAAAAAUGGGAGUCUGCUUGAGUACCUCCAGAAGGAUGGAGGAAAGACACUUGUUAUUCGGGACCAGGUAGAAAUGGGAGCUCAGGUUGCUUCAGGGAUGGCUUACUUGGAAUUGCAGAACUACAUUCAUCGAGAUUUGGCAGCAAGAAAUGUGCUGGUGGGUGAAAACAACAUUUGCAAAAUUGCGGACUUUGGUUUGGCUCGAGUGUUUAUGGUGGACAAUGAGAAUGUAUAUGAAGCCAAGGAGGGAACUAAAUUCCCAGUGAAAUGGACAGCACCUGAGGCAAUACAUGCAAACAAGUUCAGCAUCAAGUCCGAUGUGUGGUCCUUUGGUAUUCUGCUGUAUGAAAUAAUCACCUUUGGAAAGAUGCCCUACCCUGAUAUGACAAAUCAGCAGGUGGUUCAGAAGCUGCCUACAGGCUACAGAAUGCCAUGCCCUCCUCUCUGCCCUCCUGUGCUCUAUGACAUCAUGCUGGAGUGCUGGAAAGAAAGUGAUUUUGAACGACCAACCUUUGAAACACUUCAGUGGAAACUGGAAGACUAUUUUGAUUUGGAAAACUCUUCCUAUCACGAUGCUAACAAUCUCCGGAGAUAACUGAAGAAAUUUGAUACAUUUCUUUCAUGGAUUACACUGUGAAAUAGACACUAAAGGUGAUGUUUUCUUUAAUCUUGUCAAAGUGCCACAUGUAUUGAAACACAUCUUCCUGCAACCUGCUUUUUUGCAAAGGUUUAAGAGCAGGAAUCACACAAGCAAAAAUAUAUACUUUGAAAAAUACUGUUUGUGCAUAUGAUGUGGCAUGUUUUCCCAUGUGUCUUUAUUGCAGUCAUUUUAUUUUUUUGAUAUAUUUUUUAAGCGUAUGAACAAAUUGCAUUUUAAUUGGUGCUGUAAAAUAUUCCUGCAUAGGACCUGACUGCAGAAAAUGUUUUUCAUUUGGGGUUCAGCAAAUCUGUUUUAAGACCAAUCAUUGUAAAUGAAACAAUUUCACUGUAUUGAACUUUAGAAUGAGACUACAGUAGGAACUUAAUAUUCUUGAGAGGUAGAUGUUGAAAACCCUCGGGAAAGUAGACAUUUGUGAAUAAUUCUGCAGCUUAUAAUAACGCCUUAUUUCAUAACCCAUUAUUUAGUUUUCCCAUAAAGUAUUAAUUUAAUAAGAAGGCAAAUGUUAUUAAAUAUACAGUAUGUAACACUUCCAAACAAAUGACACAUUUCACAUUCAAAUAAUUAAUAAACAUAAUUUGAAGAAGCGCUGCUCUCUCCAUAAAAUCAAAGUGAGGUGGAAUAAGAUGAUCAUGGGACCACAUGAGCACAUCCCAGGAAGCUGAAGAAGCUCGUCAUGGGGAAAGGAUACAGGGUAAACAUCAUACAGUCUUCAGUGCAGAUGAAAGGGAAGAAAAUGCUCAGGCGGACAUCCAUCUCAAAGUCUCAAGGAAGGCGAGCGCUGGGAUUUCAGCCAGUCCCCAGUGACGCAACUUCUGUGUAGUAAUGUGACGGGAACCCUAGGGCAGGUAAGUGAGAAGGCCUGGGAAUCUUUCUGGACUGGUGUCGUAACAGCUAUGUAGUUAAUGGCUGAGAUCAGACUCACUCGCUAGCGGAAAGAAUUUUCCCCAGUGCGUGGGAUUUGGGAUUCGCCUUGCGGCGCCAUCCCACAAAAUGUAUUUUUCACAUCGCAGCCCGACUCUGACCCGGUGACCUUUGCUCGCAAAUUAUGUUGAAUCCUUCCUGUAUUAGCUUCGAUCAGCAAUAUUUUAAAUACUGUAUGAGGAAAACAAGAAGAACAAAGAAUUCUAAAUCAAUAGUACUUUGAAACUGAUGUAAUUAGCACAGAUCUGUGAGAUAGUUACAGUGUUAUAGAAGGUGCAUAUUUAUAUCCAGUAGAGUAUCCUAGAACUGCCAGCACUUUCUUUUACUUAGGUUGCAUAGGAAAACUCUUGAUGCUGAUUAAGAUUUUCCAUUGAUAGAGUUGCCUUCUACCAUAAACGUCACAAGCUAGUAGUGUGUGUAGUGUGUACUUCUCUGACAAAUGCUUUGCUCUAGGUGGCAGAUGCUGUCUUGCGGGAUUCUGCAUCUGUCUUCUUGUACAGCCUGGGAAACACGUGUCCAUUCACUGGUUUCUGAGCCCCUGAUGCCACAUGUCUUCCCAGCUCAUCUCACAGAUGUUUAAAGGGGCUAAUGUCUGGUACGUUGGGCAUCCAUGGCAUAACUGCCACAUUCUUAUCUGGAUUUGUGAACAGCAAGAAGAUGGUUUUUUUUUCCUGGUGGAAUAAAAUGUUUUCAUGUCAAGCAGACGUGACAGGCAGCAAGUCAAAUCCCAGGACUUUAGCAAUGCAGUACAGUUAUGGACAGCUGCCAUCACAACUGCCAGCACUUCUGACUUCUGCAGCACUCCUUUCCAGUCCAUCACACUUGGAUCCCCCAUCGAUCAUUCGGUUGCACAUGCCAAUUAGCGUUCUGGAUGUCUGUGCCCCAUUUCCUGGCACCCAUCAGGGUGGUCUACAGUACAUAUGGUAAAACUUUGAUUCAGUGCCAAAUACGACUUGAGGAUGAAUCCACCCAAGGAACAUCUUCAUGGCAUGAAGGCAUUAUUCUCUUGAUCUGUCAUUAAAGCACAAAUCGGACUUUCCCAGAAUAUCCUGUUGUUCCUUCACAUUAAGUCACUCGGACAAAAUAACCUUCACGUUACUGUAGUUACCCUUCAGUUCAGGUGCAAAAUGAUUGUGCCAUAUCACUGUUCAAAUAUUUAAAUUGUUUUUGUGACCUGUGGAAUGAUUUCAUUAUAACAACUGAUCAUCUAGUACUAGGAAUAACAAGUGUGAAAAUAGAGAACACGGAAGUCAUAUGAAAAUGGCCUUUUCCUCAAGCACUGGUUUUAAGUGAAUUGGACCUGAAGUCAUUUCUUAUACUAAAUGCUCCAUGAAACAAGUGUAGCUCACAUCUUUCCGUUUGCAUGGGUACAGUAUAUGCCUUUGCAUUUUAAUUAAAAAUGUGACCUUUUGCGGUGUUAUUCCUUGCUGACAUAUUUUCUGUUCUCUCAUAGCUGUAUUAAAACCUCUUUAUAAAACAGGUUAUACAUUUGUGGUGAAUUGUUUUAUACACUCCAGGAGCAGCCAGGGGAGAGGGAAGAUUCCAAAAGCAAACUGAUAUUGCCAUAGCAAUUCUGUUUUCGAGCCUUGCUUCACACAUCUUCAUUCAAAAUGUAGUAGCCUAUAUUGUAUAUUCCUCAAUAAAACUUUUAGUGUUUUAAAACACAGUGGAUCUUGGAAGAUCCUUACAUCUGUUUUUAGACCAUAUUUCUCUUUCUUAUAAUUAAAAUGUGUUUGCCAAAUGCUGAUGAAAAAUAAUUCUAUUUGUCAUUUUUGUAAAUGUAUCGUUAUCUAGUGUCUUUUUUACAUUUUCUGUUUUACAGCACUGAUCUAGGAAACUAAACUACUUUUCUUCACAAUGAAGCUGAAGCAAUAAGAUGGUGAUUGUUCAAUGAUUGCGACAAUCAUUGCUUAUAUGUAAUCUUUAAUAUAUUUUGAAAAAUGGCUUGUGUUGCUAAUGUGUUUUGUAAUGUAUAUUUUUGUAGUCUAAACCUUGAUUAAAUUAGGUGAUAAUUAAGCUGUCUUUCUGUCUUUCAAAUACUGAGAACAAUGAAAGAUACAAUGUAUAAAAUUAAAAGCGCAUAAAUGAAAAA